GAGAGAGGAGCGCAGAGGAAGAGUAAGCAGGACGCUCCGGGAGGCAGGGGGGCGGGGGGAGCAGCGCCGCGGCCGCCGCCGCCUCCGCCUCCGCCGCCUGGGACGAGGGGGUGGGGGACGGACGAGCCCCGAUGCCGGGGGAGACGGAAGAGCCGAGACCCCAGGAGCAGCAGGACCGGGAAGGGGGAGAGGCGGCGGCGGCCAAGGCGGCUCCAGAGGAGCCCCAACAGCAGCCCCCUGAGGCGGCGGCGGCGGCGGCGCCCGCGGGGACCACUAGCAGCCGCGUGCUGAGGGGAGGUCGGGACCGGGGCCGGGCCGCUGCAGCGGCCGCCGCCGCCGCUGCCGCUGUGUCCCGCCGGAGGAAGGCCGAGUAUCCCCGCCGGCGGAGGAGCAGCCCCAGCGCCAGGCCUUCGGACGCCCCCGGGCAGCAGUCUCAGGCCGCGAAGCCCCCGUCUCCAGCUCAGGGCAAGAAGAGUCCGCGACUCCUAUGUGUAGAAAAAGUAACAACUGACAAAGAUCCCAAGGAAGAGAAAGAGGAAGACAACGAUUCUACCCUCCCUCAGGAAGUUUCCAUUGCUGCAUCGAGGCCCAGCCGGGGCUGGCGCAGUAGCAGCAGGACAUCUAUCUCUCGGCAUCGUGACACUGAGAACACCCGAAGCUCUAGGUCCAAGACUGGUUCAUUGCAGCUCAUCUGCAAGUCGGAACCAAAUACAGAUCAGCUUGAUUAUGUUGUUACAGAAGAGCAUCAAUCUCCUGGUGGCAUUAGUAGUGAUGAGGAAGAGGAGGAAGAAGAAGAGAUGUUAAUCAGUGAAGAGGAAAUACCAUUCAAAGAUGACCCAAGAGAUGAGACCUACAAACCCCACUUAGAAAGGGAAACCCCAAAGCCACGGAGAAAAUCAGGGAAGGUGAAAGAAGAGAAGGAGAAGAAAGAAAUUAAAGUGGAAGUAGAGGUAGAGGUGAAAGAAGAAGAGAAUGAAAUUAGGGAGGAUGAGGAGCCUCCUAGAAAGAGAGGAAGAAGACGAAAAGAUGACAAAAGUCCACGAUUACCCAAAAGGAGAAAAAAGCCUCCAAUCCAGUAUGUCCGUUGUGAGAUGGAAGGAUGUGGAACCGUUCUUGCCCACCCUCGCUAUUUGCAGAAUUCAGUUCAUUCCAAAUAUUUUUAUUUGCUUAAGAAAAACUUGCUUCUCCCACAUUUAAACUGUGAAUUGGGGAUUCUAUUAAAUGGAAUACUGACCACCUUAUCUUUCUUCUCAGAUCAAAGGGAUUAUAUCUGUGAGUACUGUGCUCGGGCCUUCAAGAGCUCCCACAACCUGGCAGUGCAUCGGAUGAUUCACACUGGGGAGAAGCCGUUACAAUGUGAGAUCUGUGGGUUCACUUGUCGGCAAAAGGCAUCCCUUAAUUGGCACAUGAAGAAGCAUGAUGCAGACUCCUUCUACCAGUUCUCUUGCAAUAUCUGUGGCAAAAAAUUUGAGAAGAAGGACAGCGUAGUGGCGCACAAAGCAAAAAGCCACCCCGAGGUGCUGAUCGCCGAAGCUCUGGCCGCCAACGCAGGUGCCCUCAUCACCAGCACUGAUAUCUUGGGCACUAACCCCGAGGCCCUGACACAGCCUGCGGAUGGUCAGGGCCUUCCUCUCCUUCCUGAGCCCUUGGGAAACUCCACCUCUGGAGAGUGCCUCCUGCUAGAGGCGGAAGGGAUGUCAAAGUCAUACUGCAGCGGGACGGAACGGGUCAGCCUGAUGGCUGAUGGGAAGAUCUUCGUGGGCAGUGGCAGCAGUGGGGGCGCUGAAGGGCUGGUCAUGAACUCGGACAUACUCGGUGCUACCACAGAGGUUCUGAUUGAAGAUUCAGACUCUACUGGACCUUAGGAGAAGGGAAGACUGGACACUGGGACAGCUCAGACUUUGUACUUAAAUGAUAAAAGGACAAAAAAAAUUUAAAGCAUUUAAAAUCUAGUAAAAUAACUGAAGGGCCUGCUCUUUCCAUUUUGGAUCACAGCACACACACAUACCCCUACCCCCUCUUCUCCCUCGAUUGCCCCCUUUAUAAAAUUGAUGUUGCCUUUACCAGAAAGGUAGACAAAAAAGAAGCUCUUAAAGUGAGGGUCGUCCUCACGCUCCGUUCCAGCCAGGCAGACUUCCUGCUCAUCAGCAGCUCCCCUUUUCCACCUUAUAACUCGGAUGUGCUCUGGGUCAGCUUUUAACUCUUACUAGUAUAUUACUGUCCUCUAACCCCCGUCUCCUCCUCUACUGCUGCCCUGUGGUUCUGGCUUCUACCCAUUGCAGACAUUUACCCGAAAAGUAUCACAUAAUUCUAAUCUCUGGAGGCUGGCAGCUUGACUUGGCACUUUAGGGCCCCUUAGCAGGGUGAGCUGUUAAAACAGCACACAUCUCUCACCCCCUUUUUCUCCAGUCCCCCCUGGGUUUCGAAAAGGAAGGAUACAUGGGGGCCACCUCCCUCCCCUUCGGCCCCAGCACCUCAGUCCUCCUCCCAACACCUCCAUGUGGUUCUCAGCGGCGCUCACUUGCUUGGAAGCAGGCUCCUGCCAGGGAGGGGGCUGCCCUCUCUAAGGUCUCUUUGACCAUAGGACAGGGCCGCGUGUCAGUGAGACAGUGAGUCAAGUCCCAGACUAAUGGCAGAAAUUUGCACUUUGAACAUGUGUGUUUUUGUGUUGUGGAACCUGAGAUUCCUUAUUUAUUAACGGAAAGUGAUUUUUUUUUUUUGUCUUUGUUGCUAUUUUGUGUGGGGCUAGGAGAGAGUGGGUUUUCUGACAUGGGGUCCUUUUCUAUAAGAGGUACUUUUGAAGGCAAGAUAAUAGGGUUGAAGAAGCACAGCCAGCCUCUAAAAUCAUAGCUCUCCAGUGGCCUUGAAGCUGGUCCUCAGCACUAACAAAAUCACUACAGUAGCUUAGUGCUUUUUCAGAAGCCUUGUUAGGGAAGAAUGUUAGGUUCGUGGUAAUUAGUUAGCGCUCUGUGAAUUUUUAGAGCAUUGAGAUUUAGGAAUUUUGAGGGGAUGAGGAAGGUCGUUCAGGGUCUGAAUUAGAGAUAAAAGAUUUUUCUCUUGUGAAUUUGUUUGUGUUUUGCCCCAUCAUUUCUUUACACAUACCUCCCUAUUGGUCCAACUCUGGCCUCUUGCUUGGUUUGUGUUUUUGCUUCACUUUAUCAUAGGUUCAUUCCAGCUCCCAAUUAGUGAAGGACACUGCCAUUAGUGAAGGAAUAGUCUGAGCCAGACAGUUUUAAGUCGAAGAAAAUUGCUCUGUUUUGUUUCCCUUUUAAUAACGCUUCAGAAGAGGAAAGGCUUCAGUAGACAAAGUUAAUAAUCUGUGUAAUAGCUUUGGCUUUCCCUAAAAUUCUGGGAAUUACCACUUCCCUUGAGAUCGGGAUUUUCAUGGGGUAGAUUGCUAAUUACUACUGUCCAUGAGAAAGACAGGUAUUGUUUUUGUACAAGUUCUUAACUCCCAGAAGACUAAAAACCUAUUUGGGCUCAUUUUUAGGGAAUUAAAAGGGCAAUUUUUAUCCUUCUGUUUACCUCAGAAGAUGGAAUUCAAGGCUUGCCCUAUUCAUUGUUUGUCAGAAAUGUGCGAUGGCUUUUGGAAAGAAUGAAGUUUUGCUGAGAACAAAAUAAGGAACAGUUUGUUUUUCAAAAACACUAAAACUAAAAAGUUUAUCAAUUUUCUCUUUGAUUUAUUCCCUCCCCCCCCCAAAAGAGGGGUAACAAAAUGUCAUCUCUGAAAGAAGCUUACUUUACACCCACUAGUGUCAGUGUUUGGGAUGCCAGGGAAGAGGGAGUGAAACACCUACAGUGAACAGCCUUAAAUGCACUAUUGUUUCUUUUCAGAGUGUUGCAGAUUUGCCAUCCCUCCAACGUGGGGGUAGAAAAUGGGCUAAGGAUACGAGGGGUGUAGAAUAUGCUCCCUGCCCACAGUAAGGAUUUGGAGUUGGCUGUGGUAUGUUGGACAGAUUUGAAAAUAUUGUACGAUUAAUUGGGUGGGCCUACAACCAAGUUGUUCCCCACGCAUAUAAACCCAUUUAGUACUGUUUUACUAGGUAGCGUCUAUUCCCCACAUUUACCUUUGUCACAUUUAUUUUAUCCUUUGUGUCCAUAAAUUACAUUUAGUGGUUAGUCAUCAGGUAUUGUAGCCACCUACACAAAAGCAAACUGCAUUAAAAAAAAAAAACUGAGAUAGAGGAAAAUAUGUUUUUCCCUAUCUCACACUCCUCUCCCCACCAAAAGCAACUAGUUAAUUCUAAUAAUUAGAAACUUUAUGUUCUUUCUCCUCUUUUUUUUUUUUGCCCUCUUCAUAGCUACCAUUUGCCUACAAUUUGCUUCAAUAAAUUAUUGUAACAGUUUGCAAUGCAUUUCAAAAUAUUUCUCACAGAGUUUAUCUUUUUUCUUUUUGGGAAAAGGAUGCUAGCAUCGGAAAGAGUUGGUAUGAGUAAACUAAUACUGGACCCUCUUCCCUUUUUCCUUUCUGCUGCUCAUGCUGUUUACUUCAUUGUCUUUCCAAGGAGCUCUUUUAAUCUUAAAAUUCUGCAUUUCCUACUCUUACUCAAAUUCUGUAACCUUUUUUCCCCACUGCGUAUUCUUCAUCUUGAAUUAAUCGGCAGUUCUAGAUUCUGAAAAUGUAGUUGAGAUACAAGCAUUAUUUCUGUGCUUCCCCCUUGUUUAUGGUUGCCCAGGGUUAUUUUGCAUAAUUGAGACUUAAUAUGCUUCAGAGAGUUCAGAUUUAACACUGGCCGGGAUUACUGGGAGUAAAAAAUAUAUGUAUUAAGGUAUGGAAAAGCAUCCACAUAGAGCACUUGAGCCUCCUUUGUACCUGUUUGGAGAAAAAACAUAAAGAGUGUAUUAAACCUGAGGUUAUUACAGUCUGGUUGUUUGAAAUACCAUUUUUCCCUCCUGUCUUUUUCCCACUUUCCAAUGUACUCGAAAAAAUCGAAAAAUUGUAAUGAAUCAAUUUAAAAUAUUUUAUUUCCUAAAAGCCUUUUUGCCUGUUGUAAUUUGCAGGACCCUUCUCCUUUGAUGGGAGAGACAGGUAGUUACCUGAAUCUAGGUUGAAAAGGUUAUGUAUAAAGAAAUUAUAAUAAAAGGGAUACUCUGCUUUUCAA